CACCACCUGCCAGUAGUCCCUGCUCCACCCUCCCUUCAAACUAGCACCAAGGAUGUUAUAGCAAAAGACUGCAGUUAUGGAGCUGUCACCAGCCCCACUUCUACUCUUGAGAGCAGAGACAGCGGCAUAAUAGCAACACUGACAAGCUAUUCUGAAAAUAUGGAUCGUGCUAAGUAUGGAGGGGAAAGCAGUAAAGAAUUAGGAUCUGGAGGAAACUUGAAACCUUGGCAGUCUCAAAAAUCCAGCAUAGACUCUUGUUUAUAUCGAGUGGAUGAAAACAUGACGGCUUCUACAUACAGUUUGAACAAGAUCCCUGAAAGGAACUUAGAGACUGUUUUAUCCCAGUCAGUACAAUCCAUUCCACUCUACCUAAUGCCUCGGCCAAACUCUGUAGCAGCUACAAGCUCAGCCCAUUUAGAAGAUCUAGCUUAUCUAGAUGAACAGAGGCAUGCUCCCCUACGAACAUCUCUCCGGAUGCCUCGUCAGAGUAUAGCUGGUGCUCGCACGCAACAGGACCUAAGAGUACGCUUUGCACCUUACAGACCUCCUGACAUCUCUCUGAAACCGCUGCUUUUUGAGGUGCCCAGCAUCACCACAGAAUCUGUGUUCGUUGGCCGGGACUGGGUGUUCCAAGAGAUUGAUGUACAAUUGCAGAGUGCUGAUGCCAGUGUGAACAGAGGUGUGGUGAUCGUUGGAAAUAUAGGCUUUGGCAAGACAGCAAUCAUCUCCAGACUGGUUGCGCUGAGCUGCCAUGGCACACGCAUGAGGCAGAUUGCUUCUGACAGCCCCCAUGCGUCCCCAAAACAUGUUGAUGCAAACAGAGAGCUCCCUCUCACUCAACCACCUUCUGCUCACUCUUCCAUCGCAAGUGGAAGCUGCCCUGGAACCCCAGAAAUGCGCAGACGUCAGGAGGAGGCUAUGAGGAGGCUUGCUGCCCAGGUUGUUGCAUACCACUACUGCCAGGCUGAUAAUGCCUACACCUGCCUUGUGCCAGAAUUUGUACACAACGUGGCAGCCUUGCUCUGCCGCUCCCCACAGUUUGCUGCCUACAGAGAGCAGCUGUUACGGGAGCCCCAUCUACAGAGCAUGCUUAGCUUGCGGUCCUGUGUUCAGGAUCCCUUAGCUUCUUUCCGGAGAGGAGUUCUGGAGCCCUUGGAGAGCCUUCAUAAAGAACGAAAGAUCCCCGAUGAAGAUUUCAUCAUAUUAAUUGAUGGGCUAAAUGAAGCUGAAUUUCACAAACCUGACUAUGGGGAUACAAUAGUAUCAUUCCUCAGCAAAAUGAUAGGGAAAUUUCCAUCCUGGCUGAAGCUGAUUGUGACAGUUAGAACAAGUCUACAGGAAAUAAUUAAGUUAUUACCCUUCCAUAGGAUAUUCCUGGACAGACUGGAAGAGAAUGAAGCUAUAGAUCAGGAUCUCCAAGCCUACAUCCUACACCGAAUACAUAGCAGCUCUGAGAUACAGAAUAACAUCUCUCUUAAUGGCAAAAUGGACAACACAACCUUUGGCAAACUUAGUUCUCAUCUCAAAACCCUGAGUCAAGGAUCCUACUUGUACCUUAAGCUCACAUUUGAUCUAAUAGAGAAGGGCUAUUUGGUGUUAAAAAGCUCUAGCUAUAAGGUAGUCCCCGUCUCCCUUUCGGAGGUGUACCUACUUCAGUGCAAUAUGAAGUUUCCAACACAGUCUUCCUUUGACCGGGUGAUGCCUCUCUUAAACGUGGCUGUGGCAUCUCUGCACCCCUUGACCGAUGAGCAUAUUUUCCAGGCCAUCAAUGCAGGAAGCAUUGAAGGUUCCUUGGAAUGGGAGGACUUUCAGCAAAGGAUGGAGAACCUCUCCAUGUUCCUUAUCAAGCGCAGAGAUAUGACCCGAAUGUUUGUCCAUCCAUCUUUUCGAGAGUGGCUUAUCUGGAGAGAAGAAGGAGAAAAAACCAAGUUCCUCUGUGACCCUAGGAGUGGCCAUACGUUGCUCGCCUUCUGGUUUUCCCGUCAAGAGGGAAAACUCAACAGACAGCAGACUAUUGAGCUGGGCCAUCAUAUUCUCAAAGCACACAUCUUUAAGGGACUGAGUAAAAAAGUUGGGGUUUCCUCCUCAAUUCUCCAAGGGCUUUGGAUUUCCUACAGCUCAGAAGGUCUUUCCAUGGCGCUGGCCUCUCUGCGGAAUUUGUACACCCCUAACAUAAAGGUCAGUCGGCUACUGAUCUUGGGAGGCGCCAACAUCAAUUACAGAACUGAAGUGCUAAACAAUGCCCCAAUUUUAUGCGUCCAGUCUCACCUUGGUUACACAGAGAUGGUAGCUUUGCUGUUGGAAUUUGGAGCAAAUGUUGAUGCCUCUUCGGAAAGUGGCCUGACGUCUCUUGGAUAUGCUGCUGCUGCUGGCUAUCUAAGCAUUGUUGCCCUCUUGUGCAAGAAGCGAGCGAAGGUGGAUCACUUGGACAAGAACGGUCAGUGUGCACUGGUUCAUGCAGCUCUCAGAGGCCACCUGGAAGUUGUCAAGUUUUUAAUCCAGUGUGACUGGACAAUUGCUGGGCAACAGCAGGGAGUGUUUAAAAAGAGUCAAGCCAUCCAGCAGGCACUGAUUGCUGCUGCCAGCAUGGGAUACACCGAGAUUGUCUCCUACCUGCUUGAUCUUCCAGAAAAAGAUGAGGAGGAGGUAGAACGAGCACAGAUCAACAGCUUUGACAGUCUCUGGGGAGAGACAGCCCUGACUGCUGCAGCCGGACGAGGCAAGCUGGAUGUUUGCCGUCUGCUUCUGGAGCAGGGAGCAGCUGUAGCCCAGCCCAACCGGCGUGGAGUCGUUCCCUUAUUCAGUGCUGUUAGACAAGGCCAUUGGCAGAUUGUUGAUCUCUUACUCACCCAUGGUGCAGAUGUUAACAUGGCAGAUAAACAAGGCCGGACUCCUUUGAUGAUGGCGGCUUCGGAGGGGCAUUUGGGCACUGUAGAGUUCUUACUAGCACAAGGAUCCUCCAUUUCCCUAAUGGACAAAGAAGGACUUACUGCCCUCAGCUGGGCUUGCCUAAAGGGACACCUUUCAGUAGUACGAGCUUUGGUGGAGAGUGGAGCUGCUACAGACCAUGCCGACAAAAAUGGGCGCACUCCGUUGGAUCUAGCUGCUUUUUAUGGUGAUGCAGAAGUGGUUCAGUUCCUGGUGGAUCACGGUGCCAUGAUUGAGCAUGUGGAUUACAGUGGGAUGCGCCCCCUCGACAGGGCAGUGGGUUGCCGCAAUACUUCUGUUGUUGUCACACUACUGAAGAAAGGAGCCAAGAUAGGUCCAGCAACCUGGGCGAUGGCCACCUCCAAGCCAGACAUCAUGGUCAUCCUGUUGAGCAAGUUGAUGGAGGAAGGAGACAUGUUUUACAAGAAAGGGAAAGUGAAGGAGGCUGCCCAGCGCUACCAGUAUGCUCUGAAGAAGUUCCCCCGAGAAGGGUUUGGAGAGGACCUGAAAACCUUCCGGGAACUGAAGGUGUCACUCCUUCUCAACCUCUCCAGAUGCCGGAGGAAAAUGAAUGAUUUUGGAAUGGCGGAGGAAUUUGCUACUAAAGCACUGGAGCUGAAACCGAAAUCUUAUGAAGCUUACUAUGCAAGAGCAAGGGCCAAACGCAGCAGCAGGCAGUUUUCAGCAGCGCUGGAGGACCUGAACGAGGCCAUCAAGCUCUGUCCGAACAACCGUGAGAUCCAGCGGCUGCUGAUGAGGGUGGAGGAAGAGUGCAGACAGUCGCAGGCGCAACUACAGCAAGAGCCUCUUGCGGUAUCUGAACCUGAAACGCAGCACGAAGAGUUGUAUGCAGUGCAGGACAUCUUGGAAGAGGAGUAUCUUGAGCAAGAUGUAGAAGAAAACAUUUCUGUUGGCUUGCAGACGGAGUCACGGCCGAGCCAAACUCUGCCCAUCAUCCAGAGCCCACCUUCUUCCCCUGCCCACCGAGACUCUGCCUACAUCUCCAGCUCACCACUUAGUUCACAUCAGGUGUUUGACUUCAGGUCAAAUAGUUCUGUGGGGUCACCAACAAGGCAAGGGUACCAGCCCACUUCCCCAGCACUCUCCCCAACACACCAGAACUCACAUUAUAGGCCUAGCCCAGCACACACAUCUCCUGCUCACCAAGCCUCGUCUUACCGUUUUAGCCCACCUCCAGUAGGUAGCCAAGGGAAAGAGUAUCAAAGCCCACCUCCUUCUCCCCUUCGUAGAGGCCCUCAGUACCGAGCCAGCCCUCCAGCAGAUAGCAUGAGUGUCUACAGGGCUCAGUCCGGCUCACCCGUACGAUAUCAGCAGGAACCCAGCAUCAGUCAACAUCCCAGUCGGCCAAAGUCUCCACUCUCCAAAAUGACACAGAGGUCCUUCCAGAUGCUUCCGCUGCCUGUUGCAGUCCCCCAGCAAGGGCACAGGUUGCAACCUGCCAAGGCACAGAUCGUCAGAAGCAACCAGCCAAGUUCGGCUGUGCACUGCAGUACUGUGAUCCCGACGGGCACUUACGGUCAGGUGGCCCAUUCAGUGACCAGCAAAUACCAGUCGGCAUCGUCGGAAAUGGCUGCUGGCCAAAAUCGGCUGGUCUACCAGACCUCCAUUGGGGGAAUAGUGGGGGAUGGGCGGCCCAUGCAGCACGUUCAGGCCAGUCUCAGUGCAGGGGCCAUCUGCCAGCAUGGAGGGCUGGCUAAAGAGGAUCUUCCACAAAGGCCUUCCUCUGCCUAUCGCGGUGGGAUGAGAUAUAACCAGACCCCACAGAUCGGGCGCAGCCAGUCAGCUUCCUAUUACCCAGUCUGUCAUACAAAGCUUGAUCUAGAACGUUCCUCCCUACCCACUAGCCAGCUUGGUUCACCAGAUAUCUCUCACUUGAUACGAAGGCCCAUGGCAGUAAACCCCAAUGAAAUAAAACCUCACCCACCGACCCCAAGGCCUCUGCUUCAUUCUCAAAGUGUUGGCCUCCGAUUUUCCCCUUCCAGCAAUAGCAUCUCAUCCACUCCCAAUCUGAACCCCCCCUUCCGCCCUUCUGCUUCUAUUCAGCAGAUGGAGAUCCCCCUUAAGCCAGCCUAUGACAGGUCAUGUGAUGAGCUUUCCCCAGUCUCUCCAACGCAGGGCGGUUACCCCAGCGAGCCUGCCCGCUCCAGGACCACACCUUUCAUGGGAAUCAUUGAUAAAACGGCCCGGACUCAGCAGUAUCCCCACCUGCACCAACAGAACAGAACCUGGGCUGUGUCUUCAGUGGAUACUGUCAUAAGCCCCACGUCCCCCGGAAACCUCCCCCAGCCAGAAACAUUCAGCCCGCCUUCCUCAAUCAGCAGCAUUGCCUUUUAUAACAAAACCAACAAUGCACAGAAUGGCCACUUGCUGGAAGACGACUAUUACAGCCCACAUGGGAUAUUGGCCAAUGGCUCCCGAGGAGACCUCCUAGAGAGAGUUAGCCAAACCUCUUCGUAUCCCGAUGUUAAGGUGGCCAGGACACUGCCUGUUGCACAGGCGUAUCAGGACAACCUCUAUAGGCAACUUUCCAGAGACUCCAGGCAAGGACAGACAUCCCCUAUCAAACCAAAGAGACCAUUUGUGGAGUCUAAUGUGUGAAACGGACGUGUCUUGGAGUAAGAGCCUUGUUUUCAGCACACUUUUCCCGGCUGAAUUACCAUAUUACACUGCUGUUUUUCUUCCUCCCUUUUUAAAUUUUUCAUUCACCUAGCAGGCCACCAACUAGGGGUUUUUUCUGUGUGAUGAUGAGGCAGUCCAAGACAUGCUCCAAACCCUUUGCUGCACACAGCUGACCUCAGAUAAAGCCAGCACUGUACAUGUCUUCAGCUGUCAAUUAGGCAAUGUUAGUACACGGUGUUGGGGCUAACCUAGAAGGAAUCUAUGCUCACUCGAGAGAGGUAACCAGCUCUUUGAAAAAACAAAAUGUGAAUUUCAAAAUUCAGAUUGGUUUGAGUAUAGGCUUUAAAACACUUACUAAAUUUUCCUCCAGAGUACUGAGCCCUUUUGACUUGGAAAUUGCACUCUUUCAGUCAGCACAGUGCUGUCCACAUUGUUUUGUUGUGUCCAAAGAGCUUGUUGACCUGCACAGAAUGGGGCUUUUAUUUUGUUCGUAAUACAAUGAGGAGCUAUGCAUAAAACCCAUCCUGCUUUAUCCGGUGUGAUAGGAUUGAACAUUAGUAUUAAGGGUUAAUGGUUGUGAAUUUAAAAAAAUCCUUUCCAGCCGAUCUGUUGGUAUGGACUUCCACGGGUAACAUUGCUUUGAAAGGCAUGUUCGGAAUGAUACUGUUUUGAUUUCCUCUGAGGCAGUUGAACAAAUAUUCAGGGAGAAAUCAAAGUUCUCUCCACUUUAGCCAAUCAGUGGGCGGCUACCUCGGUCUGUACAUCGGACUUCCUGUCCAUUUUCAGUGGGCUUGUCCUCCUAAUGGAACAGCACCUUACCGAUUCACACUCCAGGUAUUGUUCCCGAAUCAAGAACGCUCAUUAUAAACUGUGAGGUGUCCUAUCAUUUUAAAGCAUGAUGGGGGAAACUGAGAAAGAGAAGCAGAAUUUGUACAGGCACUCCCACUGUGACAGUUAAUGCCCUCCCCCUCGAAGUCAGUAUUAGUACACUCGUAGCAAUGCUUCCCGAGUUAGAGAUCCACUGAGUCAUCUCGGCAUUCCUUUUCCGGCAGACACUUUUGGAGUGAAGCACUUUCUUCUUAAGUGUUAGAAGCUGGAGCUGUUUUUCCUGGCCAAAUACAGAAGGCAGAACUGGGUGGGAGAAGAUCAGAUGUUGACAAAAAUGAUGGCGAGGAGUUCUGAGGGCAAUUGAAGGUCAUUCCUGAGUAGCAAGGGCUUUUCAGAUUCAUGCCGCUAUAGGUUAGGCCUUCAUUCUAUUGGGGUAUGAAGAGUAGUAAUCUGUGAAUGUAUACAGGUGCUCAAAAGGUCAUCAGAGGUACGGUGAAAUGGCAGGAACACAAAGGAAUGCAAAAUCACACUUUGCCCUUUCUUCAUUUUGGGUGAACAAAGGAUAAAGCUGGCUUCCUGUUAAUUCAGCGGGGGGUUUUCCUCCACGCUGUGAUUGCACCGGCCGUGGACGGCUAGUCUUUUGUCCCAGCUGAAACGGAGUUCCUCAUUUCUGUUAUCAGGAUGUGCAAAAUGAUGCAAUGAUUUCUGAAACAUAAAUCAGGUAUAUACAUACCCUUUGCUUCCUAUGAUUUACUUUCAGUACUUGCCUUCUUUCUGAAGUCCAUUUGCUGUCCUCAGGAGUCCCCCUCUAUAAAUAGAAAAGUGUUUAGAGAAGGCAUUUUCAUUAAACAGCAAGGCUUGCACCUUCAGGUGAGGUUGGCAGGUUCCAUACCUGGAAGUGUUACUGACAAUAUGUUUAUGCUUUAAGGUCCUGGAAUUCAGAGACACAAAAGAGAUUAAUGUAACAGUUUCAGGAAAUAUUUUCAUUCUCAGAACGAGUAGUCCUUGUUUGAGUGUGAAGGGGAUAUUUUCAAGGGUUUGUUUUACUUUGGUUUUUACUUUGAUUCCUUAGGACUCUUUUUGUACAUCUUUUCCCAGCUCUUAACUGUUGUAUCCCAGAACCUGCAGUAAUGGAAAACACUUAGCAAAAGAGGUGUUAGCAUAAUUUCUUCUGCUGCUACGGGGCUUGCCAAGGCAUACUGGUGCCCAGCAAGUCUGGAAGUUGGCAGCUACAUUUUUGGGGGAUAUGCUUUUCCGCUGUUUCAACUUGCAUGUUGAAAGGGACAGUGCUGUGUCCUCUUGUGAGUGUGUGUAUGAGAGAGGGGGGGAGGGAGCUUUCGUACAUAACCCAAGGUAUAAAGAAGGUGCAACUAUAAAUUUGCUUUCCUUUAUUUUUGGGAUGGAUAAAGCUACUUCCUGCUUUCCCCAAACAUUACUUUUGUUGUCCUGGGGAAGUAAAGAGGGUUAAUAACCUCCCCCUGCACUUGCUAUUUGUAGGGAUCAUCCUUAUGAUUUUAGUGUUGUCUUAGACAUUUUUUUCUGCAUUAUAAAGACAGAUUACUUUAAACUCUUAAAAACUGGAAUACACACCACCAAACAAGAAUAUGUUUGCAUGUGUUUAUCGGUGAUUUUUCUUUCCUUAAGAGAUUUAUGGCAACUACUUUGGAACUGCUUGUAUCAUGCAGAAGAUAGAACCCAUUUUACUGCAGCAGACAGUGGAAGGUCAAAUUAAUUGUUUCCGUUGUUUGCAUUUUGGGCUACAGUAAAAGAUCCUCGCACCAAAUUGUUUGGUAUGGCUAGAGUGCACUGAGGCAUUACCUGCUGUCUUUCCCGAUAAAGCAAGUGGAGAAACGCAACCAAAUUUAGCUGUCUCCACCAUGCGGGAGGCGGAGGAACAAUGUUGCUGUCAUGCCGAUCCGAUCACCUUUGCAGUUCCAACAUACGAAUCUUCUUGAUGGCAUAAUGCUGUAGUUCUUGAAUCUGGCUGCUUUGCUCUGCUCUUCACUGCCAUGGGGUUCCCAGUACCAUAUCUGUUUACAUUUAGUGUUUAGUGAAAGAAAUGGCAUGCACAUCCAAAACGAGGUUUUAAUACUUCCAUUGGGCAGGGUUUUCCCCUCUCCCCCCCCCCCGGUACUGUGUUGUGAUUUCACAGGAUUUUUGCACUGAUGGGUUUGUCACCUGCUCUCUUUGUAAAUUGGGGGGGGGGGUGCACUUUACAGUUUCAUUUGUCACUAUGAUAAAUGCUGGUUAUUUAAGUGUGAUCGGUGUCUUCAUUAGAAAUACAACAGAACAGCUCUCGUCUUUCAGUGUAUUAAAACAGAAGCAAUGACUCAAAA